GGCUCUCGACAGGAGGGGUGCCUGGGAGCGGAGGUAGCAGCGAGCUGGACAAGGGCGGCCGGAUGAGGUGCUCUCGUAGACUGUGCAUGCUCCUGGGGACACUGGUGCUGGUCUUCCUCACCUCACUCUUCUUCUCCAUGUCUCUGCGUGGGGGGGUGGGCCUCAACUACCUGGAGCCCCCCAGCUGGGAGGAGUCCAGGCGAGUGAAGCUGGUGCCAAACUACGUGGGUGCCCACCGCCUGUCCCCUCCAGACCUGCCUCAGCAGAAGACCUGUGCCUGCCCUCGCUGUGUGGGGGACCCUGGGGUGUCCGAGUGGUUUGACGAGAACUAUGACCCAGACAUCUCUCCUGUGUGGACCCGUGACAACAUCGAACUGCCCUCUGAUGUGUACUACUGGUGGGUGAUGCUGCAGCCACAGUUCAAACCACACAGCAUCCAGCAAGUGCUUAUGAGACUCUUUCAGGUGAUUCCCGGUAGAUCUCCAUAUGGGUCAUGGGAUCCAGGUCGCUGUCUGCGCUGUGCGGUGGUUGGAAACUCCGGAAAUCUGCGAGGAGCCGGAUAUGGGGCUACUAUCGAUGGGCACAACUACAUCAUGAGGAUUAAUCUGGCUCCUACAGUGGGCUACGAGGAGGACGCAGGGAGCCGUACCACUCACCACUUCAUGUAUCCGGAGAGCGCCAAGAACCUCGCCGCCAACGUCAGCUUCGUUCUGGUCCCAUUUAAGACGUUAGACCUGGUUUGGAUCACCAGUGCCCUAUCAACCGGCCAGAUUAGAUUUACUUACGCUCCGGUGAAGCAGUUUCUUCGCGUGGAUAAAGACAAGGUCCAAGUUUUCAACCCAGCUUUCUUCAAAUACAUCCACGACCACUGGACCAAACAUCACGGCCGUUAUCCGUCCACUGGGAUGCUGGUGCUCUUCUUUGCCCUGCACGUCUGUGAUGAGGUGAAUGUGUUUGGGUUUGGGGCAGACAGCCGGGGAAACUGGCACCACUACUGGGAACAAAACCGCUAUUCUGGGGAGUUCAGGAAGACUGGAGUGCAUGAUGCAGACUAUGAGGCUCAGAUCAUACAGAGACUAGCCAAAGCUGGUAAAAUCACAGUUUACCCUGGCAAAUAAAAGUCAGAAGCUAGGUCUGAAAUAUCUUUGAUUAGCUCCCACCUUUAAAUAGGUUAAAAACAGAAAAUAGAUUUCAUACAUAUCCUAGCAUUUCUUAAACAAUGACAAUGGAUCUGCUCUUGUAUAUGGUCCAGCUAGAUCUGACUGUUGCUAAUGGCUUGUGACAGGACAAUUGGCCCUGAGCUUUUUGGCUGGAUUUGUCCUAAUGGUUGGCUUGAGGACACACAAUGCAGCCUCGGCUUUGUUAGACCAACUUCACCUCAAGAGGGCCAACAAAUGCGAGAGGGAUAAGAGAAAAUGCUCUAACCAGCUCUCACAAGCAAAGCCCCUGUUCUAGGCUUAAUCCAGUGGCAGAAGUGUCCACAAUGGAAGACUAAUCCACUAUCUACUAACUGUUUGCCUGGUACUGAAAACAACAGAUUCAACAUUACCACUUUUGAGAUUUUGUGAGCUGCACUUAUCACGUUGGAGUAUAUCGGCCAUCUUGAAUCUUGAGGAUCUUGUUGCCGUAGGACUUGGCAAGUUGACAUCAAAGAUGAAAUUGCAAAACUGUCACAUUGGACUCCAGUUAUGAGAGAAGUGGCUCUGUAGACUUCACCUUAAGCGAUGGUGGUUUGUCUGGUGUUCGGCCAGGACCACUCACUGCGCGAUAAUCUCAUGUGACUGCCUUGAGAAUCUUAACUGGACUUGCCAACUAAAGUAGUAGCUGUCCAGAGACUCCAGGCCUUGUUGACUCAUACAAAAGACUGCAUCAGUGGAGCAAGAAAGAAACACAGAAUACAUCUUUGGCUACAACUCCAGUUCACACCCAGAUACAGGCAGAGUUCUGGGACAUUCAGAGGAGGCCAAAAUAAUCCUGGAAAAAAAAAAAAAAAAAAGCUCCUGGGAGUUUGAGUUUGGAUGAAAGCGUAGUACUUUUUGGAAUAUAGUCUAAUUUCUCUGUGUGGUGUGACAGGGUCUUGUUUGCAAGGCUAGAGAUGGUGAAAAACAAACCAUUUGCCCAUGAUAAAAAUACUGUGUAUACGCUACAAUUAUUUCAGUUUAUGGGUUCACCACUUUUUUAAUGAACUGAGGCUGGAGGGACUUUUCAACGUGGUACAACUUCGCUUCACAAACCACUGCUCCAGAGCCACCUGACGCCUUAGCUUUCUACCACACACCACUUAAACUGCACUACCCACAAUUCUUUUCAUAUCUCCACAUGCAACACCGUUCAGUUACAGCUGCAUAGAUUGUGUUUUGUUUACCACUUAGAUUGAUCAAUUGUCUUGGGUUUAUUUCCCCCAUAGAUGUUACAUUAAAAAAGCACUAGCUAGGCCUGUUACGAUAAUUACUAUAUUGAGUUAGCGUUCAAUAUAUGAAAGAUGGAACAAUAAUUUUUGUAGGUCAAUAUUUAUCGUGGGGACUUUUUCUUUGCACCGGUGGUGACUUUUUUAUCUGUACUAAGAUAACAUUUGAGCUGGAGAGCUGAUUGAACAAAUUACUUAAUUUCUUACUCAUUAUGGAUACAAACUAGUCGCUAAAGUGUUUCAUUCUGUUUAUUGCUGCUCAUGUUUUUAACCGUAUUUUACAUUUAGAAUAGUUUUUGGGGAUAAUUCUGCUUUAGGGUAAUUGUGUCGGAUCCAUAAAUUAGUUUCAGUUUGAUCAUUUAUCGUCUAUAUAUUUUCUUCAGCUAUAUAUUGCACUUCAAAAUUUUGAUUAUGGUUGAUACAAUUUGCCGAACUCAGAGGAAAGUAAAAAGUCAUACCACACAGCAUAGGGGAAACCAGUGAUCAAGUGUCUUAAAUUUUUCCAUUAUUGAGGAGCCAUUUGUUAAAUGAAGUGUGAAAUCAACUUCACAUCUUCUAAAGCUGUUUUCUUUACAAACCUGUUUUUACUUUUUAACAGUCUUAAUGUUUAUUUUAUAAAAUUAUAUACACAUUACACAUUUUAGAAGUGAUAGCCAGAGGUGGAAUGUUUUAUUUUACUUUGUUUUUAAUUUGUAUAUAUAAAAUUUAUAGCAGGAUUCUCUAACCUGUAACUUGUGAGCUGCUCCACCUGAUUCCAAGCAGCUCCUCGAUGGAUUUAGAAUUAUAAAUAUUAUGCUGAGUAAUUUAAUUUAAUUUGGUUCAUCACAUAUUGGUUAUCAUAGUAACUCUAAUUUUGUCUAAUUUUGUGCACUGAUGUAUUGAUUUAUGGUUUAUGUUCAUAGGGAUCUAAAAUAUACCCCAUUUAAAGCUGUAGUUGUUACAUUUAUAUCAGCUCAAUUUCGUGCAAAACCUAAAAGGAGUAGCUAUCUGCCAUUUUUUCAUUUUGUAAAAGGUUGGAGACCCUUGAUUUAUAAUAAAGUACAUUUCACAGCACAUGUUUAACUUUAAGAAUGUUUAGCCUAAUGUAGAUUUGUCUCUUGCUUUGACAGAUCAGUAUGUUCCACCUCUGGUUAUUUUACUGAACAAAAAUGAUUGAUGCUGAUAGUAGCUCCGGACAGAUGGUCUGCUGUGAUUGGUCAAUUAAAUGAUGAAAUUUGGGAAGCAGAUUAAAGGUUUGGCCAUAGCAACAGAAGUCAAGUUUACGCAACACUGUAGUGAAACGCUACAUUAUUACCUAGACCUAAACCCAGACCAACUUUAUUUAACCACAAGGGAAAUGGUUUGGAUGUCCCUCCAAAGCAUACUAUUUAGCACCAACCGUAUCUAAUGCAUCAAAAAUUUUGAUGAGUGCAUGAAAGCACAUGUAACUCCUAGAAGUAGUCUGUGUUAUUUCCGUAGGUGUUAACUUGAUACACAGCCAGAUAACAGUCCACCACCUGCUUCAGUUUGAGAUUUUCUGACUGGAGAUGGUGAGAUGUGUGGAGGAAAGCUGCUACCCUUCAGGUGACACUGACACAAGUGUGAGAACUGCUCACUGUCAAAACACGACCACGUUAUGUAAGAAUAGCUACUAAUAACUGUGCCUGUCUUACAAUGCUACUUUGUUUUCUAGUCCUUUUUGCACAUCUGUUUAAAAUAUCAUGUUUUGGGAACUGCAAACUUUCAGCCAUUAUCAUACACUUUAAACAUAUUCACAUAUUGAUGCUUUUGUGCCUUGUCCUGCUUUUGGACAUUCUCGACUACAGCAGCACCAUAAUUCACACGUAUCCACACACAAGCCUAUAUUAAAGGAAACUGACAGAAACUUUGUGCUUGUGCCUUUCUGAACUGCAUACAUUCAUAGACACAUCAUUCUGCCUGGGUUUGGGGCUUUGUCAGUGUUUUAUAUUGUAAAAAAGUGCUUGGGGGGAUACUUACUAGUGGUGAGCGCGUCUGAGCAUAUGUUGUUAAGAGUCUCAGUUUGUCAAGAUUGAGAGGCUGUGAUUUCCAUGUCUAUGUGUGUGCACCACUGCUAUUGUCAAUGUUUUCUAUGCUUUUGUUUGCUCCUAUUCACUUUACAUUUGUUGUUGAAGUUUAAAGUUGAAAGAAAACAGCUCUGGCCUCAGCGGUACCACUAAAAGACAUUUUCACAGCGGUAGUUACCUGAGGGAACAAACCAAGACCCCUUAUCAGUUUUCUUUACUCCUUCCUUGCAGCUGCAGUCCUAGAACAUUGCGAUCAGAUGAAAAGGGGGACAGUGGGGUGGUUUCUUCCUAUAUAUACACAUUCUGCCACCUACAGUAGUGGAGAUGACAUAGAUCUGGAGCCUGGAGGAAUUUAUAACCCUGAAGUAGGUCUGGUGUUUCACUGCCGACCCAAGAUGCGGAUGUUGUUUGUAGUGGUAGUUACCAGGGAUUAAACUAAAACUAAAGCUAUUCUAAAGCACUUCUAUUACAAUUAAGGCUGGGCAUUUAAUCAUUAUUUAAACCAGCUCAAGAUUACGUUAUAUUUAAUUGUUAGUGAUCAGCUUAGGGUUAGCUUGGGUCUCUUUGAUUGUGCGGUCUAGUACAGCCAAUCCUGUCAGUGAAACAUGUGGUUUGGAGCAGGGGCCAGACUUUGGAUAAAAAAUUGUGAAUUUAUCGGUGUUAAAGGGCAAUCAUUUAAUUUUUAUUUAUUUUUUUUUUUUAAGUUCAGGAAAUCAACAUUGAAUGCCAUUUUAAUAUGAUUUUUUUUUUCAUAUUUUUUAAGCAUAUCUCCCAGCCUUAUUUACAAACAUUUAUAAAGUUUAUAAUGAUACAGUAACUAUUAAAACUAACCCUGUCUUUACAAAUUUUGGGUUCUGACAGAGAAACUUUGAUCUUGAAUUCGUAACGUUCAGAAAAUAUCUACAGAAACAUAUCUGCGCUGUGCAAUAACUUAUAUUUCCUGGUUUUAUUACUAAUGGGGGACUAUGUAUUUCAGUUAUAUCAAAAGAGAAAGAACAGAACAUGCUAGUGGAAUUAAUUAUUCUUUUGAUGCAUAAAUUAUGAAUUAAGUGUAGGUCAAUUUGAAAGGCAAUGAAAUGUUUCCUGACCCACAUUCUGUAAGUAGGAUUCAGGUCACUUACAAUCUCUGUUCCACUUUUUAGAUGGUUUGAGCCUGAAAAUGUUACUCAAUCCUUUGAAUAGAUCGACAUAAAGGUCAGUUAUGUUAAAUUGAACAUUUUGAGAGCGGCAACAGAUAUAAACAAAUACAUAAAAAGAAAAAUUUAUCCAUUUCAGCUGCAUGCACUCCAGCAGCUUUAUACAAACAACUUGUAAAGAAAAGGAAACUGCAUCCCCCAGAGUCAGGAACAAAUUUCAAACUUGUUUUUAGUCGCUGUGGUGUAUGCGUUUUCGAUUCUACCUGGGGUAUUGGAGAAUUGCUUACUGGAGAUUUCACUGUGGGACAAGAGGCUCAAUAGAAACGCAUAUAUCAUGGUCAGAACAGUUGUUGUUGCACUAGAAAUACCACUCGAGCUUUAGACUUCACCUGUGGACUGUAACCUACCACUGUUCGACUUAACCAUCACUAACAUAAGCACUGGGCAGGUGUAUUAAAGCUAUUGGCAUUAGUUUCGAAAUGUAAGACAAUACUCAACAGCUCUAAGGCAGUACUUGUGUAUUUACUACAUGGACAUGUCUGUAUGAUGUGUGACCAGGCUCUUUGUAUCUUAUUGUACAAAUAAAAGAUUAAUGAAAGA